ACGUCAUAUUCAGUGGCGUCGCUGAGAGAUGACAACUUCGCGUUUUGUGUGGAGACGUAUACGCAACGUGUCUGGGGUUGAAGUCUACUGUUCAGUGCGAUUUUUAGAAGUGUUUGUUUUUUGUAAUUUUAGUGAAGGAUGGCCUUGAGCAAGUCGAUGCACCCCAGGAACCGAUACAAAGACAAGCCUCCUGAUUUUGCGUACCUGGCUUCCAAGUACCCGGAGUUUCAGCAGCAUGUCCAUACCAACCUGUCCGGCCGAGUCGCGUCUGCUUCAGGGCCUCUUACCAGUGGGACAUGCCUGGAACAACUCUUGGGUUGUGACCAGGCUGAACUUUAAGGAUCCUGAGGCAGUGCGUGCCCUGACCUGCACACUCCUGAAAGAGGACUUUGGGCUGACCAUUGAGAUUCCACUAGAACGUCUGAUCCCCACUGUCCCACUACGGCUCAACUAUAUCCACUGGGUGGAGGACCUGAUCGGAGCCGGCCCAGGCGAUGCCCCCCGCCGGGGAAUUGACAUUGGGACUGGAGCCUCGUGCAUCUACCCCCUUUUGGGAGCCACCAUGAAUGGCUGGUUCUUCCUGGCCACUGAGGUGGACAACGUCUGCUUCAGCUACGCCAAGAAGAACGUGGAGCAGAACAGCAUGUCUGACCUCAUCAAAGUGGUCAAGGUUCCUCAGAAGACCUUGCUAAUGGACGCCCUGAAGGAGGAGUCAGCCCUCGUUUAUGACUUCUGCAUGUGCAACCCACCCUUCUUCGCCAAUCAGCUGGAGGCCAAGGGCGUGAACUCGAGGAACUCGCGGAGGCCCCCACCCAGCUCUGUGAACACCGGGGGCGUGACAGAGAUCAUGGCCGAGGGGGGCGAGCUGGAAUUCGUCAAGAGGAUUAUCCAUGACAGCCUGCAGCUGAAGAAGAGGCUGAGGUGGUACAGUUGCAUGCUUGGAAAGAAGUGCAGCCUGGCGCCUUUGAAGGAAGAGCUGAGGAAGCAGGGGGUACCCAAGGUGACCCACACAGAGUUUUGUCAGGGCCGGACCAUGCGAUGGGCACUGGCAUGGAGUUUCUACGAGGACGUCAGCGUGCCGUCUCCGCCGUCAAAGAAGAGGAAACUGGAGAAGGCCCGCAAGCCUCUGUCUUUCUCAUUGCUGCUUCCUACCGUAAAGCUGCUGAGGGCUAGGGCACCAUCCAUCGGCUGUUCCACCCUUGGGAGCUUGAGCGUGGUCACCGCAUGGCUGGAGAAAAUCCUCAGUGACCUGCGGGUGUCGCACAAAAGGGUGCCCAGCGGGCAGGCCGAACGGAGCCUCUUCCUGACGGCGGUGGAGAACUCCUGGAUACACGUGCGCCAGAAGCGCCGUGACCAGUGGCGACAGCUGCGGGAGCUGCCCAGGGCGCCCCCAUGUGCCGGCAGUGCAGCACCACACACUGCAGAGAGUGAACCUCAACCUGAAAACCCAGAAUCCCCGGAAAAUCACGCGAUUGUUGGGGUGGAAUUGGAAACGGGCAAAAGUGAAGCCAACGAGGACUCUGUUGCGGCCCAAGCCGCGCAUGCGGGGCCUCUCACCCAGGAAGUGCUUUGCAAUACACAGGAAGUAGAUCCUGAUAAGCAGGAAGUGGCCCCUGCUCCAGGCUCAAGCAUGACAUCCCACAGUCCCGGUGCAAGCCAGCCAUUCUUGUUUAAGUGCCUGACCAACGUGAAGCUAGAGGGGGCUGGAGAGCUAGCAGAAGAGGACGAGGAGGAGGGAGAUGUGAUCGUGCAGAUGCACUGGGUAGAGGGCCUGAACCGUGAUCUGAUGAACCAGCUGUGCACCUACCUGAAGAACACUCUUCUUCGACUUGCCUCCAGCCCCCUGUGAGACUAAUGCACGUUAAUUACUGAAGUGUUGUUCAUAGCACAGAGAUGAUACCCAUUAAAACUACAGACUGUUUAUUGUGACUCAGGGUUGACCAGCUUGUUCCAGAAAGAUAGAUCUAUUUUUAAUAAAUUUGUUUUAAAAGCUG